UAUCUGCUCUUUGUGUGGAUUAUGCGAGCUACCAGCGUAUGGACCAUCGCUGCAGAAGUGCUUUGCGUUGCUUCGCAGAGAAGACCGCCUUUGCUUUUGCGCUCGCCGAAAGGAGAUCACUUCCACACGGGCAAACUUUUUUUCCUUAAAGAAUGACGCCGUGGGCAUUUUUUGUUAUUUAAAAACUAUCGAGAAAGCCUAUAGAGCAGUUCUUAAUCUGGAAGUUUUUUAGGAAACCGCAAAAGGAUGUUAUAUUGAGAGCUCUUCCUGAACUGCAUGUCAGCAGCGCUACACUAGUUUUUUUUUUUUUACUCACUCAUCUAGUUCUCUAUUUUCCCAUCUCGUUAGUCGGUUCCCCGAAAUCGGGAGUGCGAAAAAAACACGGAGGUGAUUGAUGUUUCAUGUGAAAUGGACGUGAGAUUUUACCCACUUGCACCUCAGCCACCAUCAGCAACAGAUUCGUCCUGCGUGGGACUCUCGCUCGGAUCGGACUCAUUUCAUUGCAAUAAGCUUAACAGUGAAAAGAUGUACAUGACUGUGCCGGACCUAGGUCAGGACUUCCUGCCAGCCAAUCAGUUCCGUGUACCUGAACUACCCAGCCAAGCCCAACAGAACAUGAAGCAGGCAGGAGGCCCCUGGAAAAGAGAGGUCCCCACUCACCUGGACUCCCCCCGUCUGCCCUGGUCGUACUCCACGCCCAGCCUUGGUGACGAGGACUUUAACAUCCCUCCCAUCACGCCCCCCACAUUGCCGGAGCACAUGUUGGCCAUGCCUCAUGCGGAGCUCGCCGGCUUCCAUGCCUUGUGCCCCCCGGUCUCUCAGAAUGGACUGCCCCCGUUCCCUCAGCAUCCAAUGGACCUUUCCAGCAUCGCCGUCUCCAGCGUCCUGAGCCAAGAUGGAAGCCGCCUGUCAGAUUCUAUGUCCAUGAUGCAGCAAAUGGCCAAUUCAGAGUCAUCACGAUACAGCAGCCAUCCAAAGAUUGAAGCGAUGGGACCCAGGAUCCAAUCAGUGACUGUGCAGCAUGGUCACGUGACCACCUUCAACCAAUCGCAACUUGGACUGAGUGGAAGCAGUGUGACCCAUUGCUUACCAUCUCCUCCUGGAAGCAAGUCUGCAACCCCGUCUCCCUCCAGCUCAGUGCAUGAAGAUGAACCUGAGGACGCAACAAAGGUAAGUGGAGGUGAGAAAAGACCUGCAUCGACUGGGAUUAAGAAGCCCAAGACCCCUAAGAAAAAGAAGAAGAAGGACCCCAACGAGCCACAGAAGCCCGUAUCGGCCUACGCUCUCUUCUUCAGGGACACUCAGGCAGCUAUUAAGGGUCAGAACCCCAGCGCCACCUUCGGCGAGGUCUCCAAGAUCGUGGCCUCCAUGUGGGACGGCCUGGGGGAGGAGCAGAAGCAGACGUACAAGAAGAAGACCGAAACUGCCAAGAAAGAGUAUCUCAAACAGCUGGCAGCGUACAGAGCAAGCCUGGUCUCUCAGAGUUAUGCAGAGCAAGUGGAGGUGAAGCUGAGCCCAGCUGCCCAUUUGAUCAGCCCCAGACCUUCACCCCCGAGUCCCUAUCUGGGACAGGCCUACCUGCAGCAGGCCAGGCUGGGCUCCCACUUUGCUCCGAUGGCCCCCACUUUGGCCCCUCAUGGCGUCACUGCCUCACCCCCACCCCAGCAUCAGCCUAUCGGAAUGCACUCCUCCUUCAUGCCACAGGGUUUCCCCAUGCAGACGGAAUUCCAGAGCGCCGUAAAUUCCACGGCGCAGAUGGACGUUGCUCACGGAGGCUGCAGGAAUCCUAUGGGCCCGGGACUCGACUGGGCCGGAUCCUACUGCAGCGCCGGAUCUGAGCCACUACCUACGUCCCUGCAGAGAGAGAAGCCGCUCUACCUGCACUGAUUGGCUGAUCGGCGUCUGGCUCCCUGUCCCUGUCCCUGUCCCGUAUCUGUAGGACAGUGACAACGUGGGUCUUUGUGUCCGAACGAGUCAAGGUCCCAUCAGGCAGUUUUUAAACAUGUGGCUUGGGCUUAACUGUCAGCAAAAGCUUUUGAACGUUUAUUUUUUUCCCCACCUUUUAUUUAUGAUAUACAUAGCUCGUUUUUUGUUGGUGAAUUAGAGGGUCUGUUAAAAAUCGUGGCGCGUCGGAGGUCCAGACAAAGAACCAGCGAUAGCAGUAGUUUGGAGCGCAGGCCGGCGCCGAAUCCAGCGGGUCAUCCCAGCUCUCAAGGGCUAUCGCCCGGCACGCAAAACCAAAACGGAAAACCCUGAUACUUAUUUAAUGACCUGCUCCUUAUUUAAAAAUGCUAGCUAUGAAAACAGAGAAGGGCACCCGGAUGAUAUAGCUUUUUACGUUUUUAAUUUUAUAAUAUUUUAAUUUAUUUUUUAUUAUUGUUAUUAUUGCUUUUUAUUGGUUGCUCUGGAAUCCUAUACUAGUGAAUUGCCUUAGAAACUGUAGCAUAUAUCAAUAAACAAAAUUCCCAUUUUCCUUUUUAAAUGGAUGUUGAAAUAAGCUACUAAGGGCACUUGAUUGCUUGUUAUAACUUGUUAUAUGGAAAACUUGUAAAUACAAGGUAUGUCACUCUCUUAGAGUAUAAAAACGACUUCUUAAAGUGCUUGAUCCUUAGACAGGGUCAAUCCGGUUAAUUUAAAUCUUCAAAAAAAAAAGGGUGUAUCUCGUUGUCGCAUAUUGACAUAUUAAGCAUCAUGAGGAGUAGCGUUAAACAUCGCAGUAGAUCGCCCAGGAGACGGCGCGUGAGAUAAUGUUCAUUUCGUCCAAGUCUGCCAAUGCACAGCAUCUCACAGUGUGUUGAGCGUGGCUCUUCACGCCUAUGUGAAUAGAACUACCACAUCCUGUCCUGAAACCAUUCAGAUCCAGGGGGGCUGGAGAGAAGACUGAAAUUUGCCUGUUUAUUUUCCUUUCUUCAUAUCGUGUCUGUCUUUUUAUGGAACCUGUGUCAGCAUUUCAUUAAAACUACGGAUGAAUGUAGGUGUUUGUAAUUAUCCGGUAGCUUGUGAAGGAUGCCUGCCGUCCGUCCGUCGCAGAUGUAAUCCGAACAGCUCUGUGAAUACUCUAACUCUUUUGUUUUUAUUGUGUAAAAAAAAAAAAAUUAAUAAAGCCAAACCUGCAUUCUUGCAGUCAUCAGAA